AAAUGCUGGUGUAGCUAUGAAUCGCUCCAAUUACGCAUACAAAGCAUGUGUUAACUACACACAUACUAUCUAUAUAUGAUCACAGAAACGUACGAGGACAUACACAAACGAAUUACACAUAGAAUAUCUAACCUUGUAAUUGUGCGUAACGCGAACUGCACCCAGAAACUAUUUAUAGAAGCGAAUGAUAGUUAAAGACGGGGAUCUACAAAAGUAUGUGUAAUUCCAUAAUGACAGAUACCGAAGAGGUUCCCAUAGAAGUAAUUGAGUUACACAAUCAUAUGGUUGAUAAACUUGGAAGUGAAAUAGGACAAGAAGAUGACAGAUUCCAUCGAUUAAUCAAUCUGUUUGAUAGAAUUCCUCUCCAACCCACAGAUAAACAUGAAAUUAAAAACAUGUCAGAUCUUAUUGGGAUACUUAUGAAUUACACAACGAUCAAAUACGGAGAGUAUAAGGCAUUAACUGAUAAGCUGGAGAUAACUCAUAAACGAAUGAAGUCGUUGGUCAUUGAAUAUGUUAAGAAAAUGGACAUUGCCUGGAGGCGAGCCAGGGGAGAGAACUCCAGCAUGUCACACAAGACAUUUACAGAUCAAGCCACAGCAUAUGGUGGGAGCAGACAGAAACCUGGUGUACAGGCUGUUCAGGGUACGAACGAACAUCCCAAAACUGAUAGAGAGUGGCGGUUUUAUCUGGAUUGGAUAUCGGAUAAAUUAACCACUGAAAUAAGCACAGUUGCAACCUAUCUACGCGUUUCAUCAGAUAAGCAGACGCAAAUUCAUAAAGAUAACAACAUUCAACAUGAAAAAUGCUUCCAAAUUUUAUGGGAAUGGUAUAGGAAAGCACAAGAAACAAAUAAAAUAGAGGUCUUAAAGGAUGCGCUGAUCUCGGCUGAUAGAAAGGAUAUCACAGACUACGAUAUACCCCAAACAACAAGGUUCACUGGCGAUAUCCCAUCCCCAGAAACACCAGUGACUGCAAUCGACUUGCAGAAUGUGUCUAAACACAUCGGAACUGAUUAUCCUUCUUUGGCGCGGUAUUUUGGAAUUGACGAGGCUGACAUACAUGCGUCAAAGCAUGACAAAGAGAGAAUACAGGAGCAGGCCAGGGACGUACUUCAAAAAUGUACCAAUCAAACGCUGUUAAAAACACGUCAACAACUAUGUGAUGGUCUAUGUUACAAAGAACGCAAAGACAUCACCGAUAUACUGAUAAAGGGAUGGCAAGUUGCUAAAUGAGCCAAAACCAGCGGCAUAUUGAUUUUAAACCUAAUACGUUCUCACUUUUGCCAGCGUAUUCAAAUGUUCUUAAGUUUAAACCAUCACAGUGUCAAUGAAAUUAUUUACUUUUGCACGUCCAAAUCUUAGGUUCCUAUACAACUGUGCAAUCGCUCUGAAUACGAAAACUGCGGCAUUUCAUUGACAAAUACCUUAUUAUUGUAGCCAGUGCUCGCCAAGUCUUUCUGCAAAGGUUAUGAAGGAUGGGAAUGGAACAACAUGGUGUGUCAGUGCAAUCUGAUCAUAGACUUCAGUGAGUAAUAUCCCGUGUCUCAACUGGUAUUUACCUGUCAAAGUUACGUAAAGCGUAUACACCAUUCAGAAGAUCGUAUGCAUGCCUUCACGAGCUAACUAAUUUAUACUAAUUACAUUUUGUAUGUCGUAACACCUUUAUACUCUUCGGACACGUAUCUGUAAUGUUAUCGGAAGGGACGUGGCCACUACACUUUUAUUGUGUUUCUGAGUCUCCAUAUGGCCUGAAUAAUCUGAAAAGACCAUGUUUGCAGCAUGAUAUCGUCAGUGUUCGGGACUUCCAUCUACUAAUAACUUGGUCAUUACAUUUUUAUGGUGUAUCCGAGUCUCGCUAUGAACUGGUUUAAUAAGCAAAGACCAAGUUUUCAGCAUGAUUUCUUUCACGUUUUUGUGACUUCCACCAACAAAUAACAUCAAAACAAGUGGUAUACAAUACAAUGUGGAUGUGUCCCAACUCGCUAUAAAACUAUCUACUAAGUGUAUUAUACAAUUUGGUUAGCUUAUAAAUGAAUUUUGCAGUUAAAAUAAGAUAAUAAAAGAAGAAAAACAUAAUUGAAUAAAAAAAUAUGUGUCUCUUUAUUAGGUGUGUACAACAAUGUGUACAUAAUUGUGACAUUAUAUAGCUGAUCGUAGCUCUACAUCAUACAAAAUAUCGAUAUGACCAGGUGUUCCUGGUGUUAUAGCGUUGACGCAAAGGCGUUCCAAAAGACUGAAAUGUCGCUGUAGUUUUUUCUACUCUCCCGCAGGCUUAGCGUCGAAAUUACAACACAUAAGCGCAGCUUAGAUGCAAUCAAAGUGCGCAUCCUAGCGGAGAGCAAUGGUACUAAAGCAGGUAUUUCAGUCAUCCAUUCCAAUGUCUUUAUAUUAUUUAUUUGAAUUUAUUGUACAAAUCCUUCGGUUUAUAACAUGCAGGUUGCUGGCCGGGUUUUAUGUACCACGCAGCUAUAUCACCAUAGAUACGGCGGUAUUUGUUCUCGUUGUGAAGACGCUGACAAAGGUCGCAUAUCCCUUUAUUCCAACUGUUCAGUAUUCCCUCAGUAUAGAAAUAUUUCCGCCAUCUAAAAAACUUCUGAUAUGCAGCCAUGUUUGAAUUAAGACCAGACAGAUAUAUACCGAGAUGUACUGCAGACCGGAAUUUCUUUGUAUCGAUGGUCGAACCUGGUGGAUGGUAUAGCGAACGAUUAGCGCCAUCCCGUACAACAGGCACAAUGUUAUACCGCAAAACCAAAUUCAACGACUUCUCUGUAACGUAAUCCCGACAUAGCGCGUUCUCCAACGACAGAUAAAAUUUGUAAGUUGGUACAGUUGCUGAGAAACAUUUGUUUUUGUGGUUCUGGGUGAUGUUCCAUGAUGUCUUGUGUCUAUUUUUGCCGUAACAUUUCCGUUCACCACAUUUUCCAUAAAUGUCAACGUGUAUACCACUUCUUUUAAUUUGUUCGACAUACUCCAUACGCCUUGAAGGUGUCCCACAGUGACUUAUGAAGCCUA